AUGGAAACGGAGGUUGUAACUUCAAAUUUGACUGAUUUGGAGUCGUUUAUCCUUACCAAGUAUGAUCCACUCUUGACUAUUGUUAAGGAAUUAAAUGAUGGGAUUCAAAAUUUAGAAAAGGAGAAAUUACGACUGGAACGGAGGAUUUAUAAUUUAGAGCAGUAUUUAUUAUCCAAAGACAAUUCAAAUUCAAAAGAUUCACUUAAUGAAGAUUUCAAUGUUCCCCUUGAUUUGAGUGUAGUUGAGGAUGAAUCAUAUUUAUCAUUACCUUGGCUAUUUUCAUGCCAGACUGGAACUCCUCUAUCAACUUUACAAGUUCUUCUUGAAUUUCAUCCUGACAAUACCAUUGAACUUGAUGUUUCCUCAUGGCUCAAAGAGGAGAAUAUGUGGAUUUCACUAUUGGAAGAUUUACUACUCAAUCUUUCAAUGGAAUAUUCAAAAGAUGAAUUCAACGAACUACAAACACUAAGAAAAUUAGCAAGACGUUCAUUGAAGGAAUUGGCUAAAAAUGAGAUGUUGAUAGUAUUGAGAAAUGUGCCAGGGAAGGAGGAAGCUUCUAGUAAUACUACUUGUAUAACUCUAGUUGCCAUUUUAGCCUCGACUAUGUCUGACGCUUGGAAGGUUUUUCACACCCAUUUUCAUCUCUGUAAAAAUAUUGACUGUUUUGAUGAGUCACCAAUUAAAGUUGAGCCAAACACUAAAGUCAUAAAUUUAUUAUUUGAGUUACAUAUAGUGAAUCGUUCAGAGUCAUGA